AUGUAUCCUCUUAUGGAUUCUUAUGUUGAGCGAAUGCAAGCUACAACAAGGAAAUGGUAUUUGAAUAUUCUGGAAGCAGAUAAAACACAGCCCCCAAAGAAAACUGAAGAUGGGAAGCUAUACACCCCAUCUGCUGUUGAUCUAUUCAAAAUACUUGGAGAACAAGUUCAAAUUGUCCGAGAUAAUAGCACUGAUGUCAUGUUAUACCGAAUUUCCUUGGCAACCUUUCAGGUGAUGAUUGAUUUUCAAGCAGCUGCAAGGAAAGAGUGUUUUGAGGCUGCUCAAGCUGGGGAAAACGGGAUAGGAAGUGCAGACCAAAUGGAGAAUGGUGGGGAGGAUGAGGAUAAAGAUGACCCCCUCUCUGACGGGCAUUAUGGUUAUCCAAAAGCUGAAUCAUAUAAGUGGGCAUCCUGCAUUAGAGUUCUUGAUCCAAGGACAGGAAAUACAACCUGUCUUUUGGAACUUCAGGAUAAUGAGGCUGCAUUCAGUGUAUGCACAGUAAAUUUUCAUGAUAAAGAAUAUGGAACCCUUUUAGCUGUUGGCACAGCCAAGGGACUGCAAUUUACGCCCAAAAGGAGUUUAGCUGCUGGGUUUAUUCAUAUAUAUAGGUUUCUAGAGGAUGGAAGGUCUCUUGAACUACUUCACAAAACUCAAGUUGAAGGCGUUCCUCUUGCUCUAAGUCAGUUUCAGGGAAGGUUACUUGCAGGAAUAGGACCUGUUCUUAGACUGUUUGAUUUGGGAAAAAGAAGAUUAUUAAGGAAGUGUGAGAAUAAGCUAUUCCCCAACACAAUUGUCUCUAUUCAAACCUACCGUGAUCGAAUUUAUGUUGGUGACAUCCAAGAUUCUUUUCAUUACUGCAAGUAUAGACGGGAUGAAAACCAACUUUACAUAUUUGCUGAUGAUUGUGUCCCGAGAUGGCUUACGGCAUCAUACCACAUAGAUUUUGACACCCUGGCUAGUGCGGACAAGUUUGGAAAUAUCUAUUUCGUACGGUUGCCGCAAGACAUAUCUGAUGAGAUAGAAGAAGAUCCUACUGGCGGGAGGAUCAAGUGGGAGCAGGGGAAGCUGAAUGGAGCUCCCAAUAAGGUGGAAGAAAUUGUACAAUUUCAUGUUGGCGAUGUGAUCACAUGCCUGCAAAAGGCCUCUCUUAUACCAGGUGGUGGAGAAUGCAUUUUAUAUGGAACUGUUAUGGGAAGUAUUGGGGCAUUACACGCUUUUACUUCACGAGAUGAUGUUGAUUUCUUUUCCCAUUUGGAGAUGCAUAUGAGGCAAGAUAAUCCACCUUUGUGCGGAAGAGACCACAUGGCGUAUAGAUCUGCCUAUUUUCCUGUUAAGGAUGUUAUUGAUGGGGACCUAUGUGAGCAAUACCCAACAUUGCCAAUGGAUUUGCAGCGAAAAAUUGCUGAUGAAUUGGACAGGACCCCUGGAGAAAUUCUGAAGAAACUCGAAGAAGUACGAAACAAGAUUAUUUAA